AUGGAGCUACUCGCAUGGCUCAGUCAUUUUCAGGCAGGGUUAAUGCUAUUUUUCGGUCGCAUCUUGGGCAUGGCGCCGGCGAAAGCGGUUCUGCUUUUGGUUAUCGGCAUCUUUGAAGCUGGAAGUCUAUUGUGUGCUGUAGCCCCUUCUGUCAAUGUCCUCAUUGCAGGGAGGGUAGUGGCAGGCGUCGGCGCCUCAGGACUCAUGGUCUCAGUCAUGUUCAUUAUCGCCAAGGUGACGACUCUUCGACAGCGGCCCGUAUUCAUGGGUGUUUUCGGAGCCGUAUACGCGAUCGCCUCAAUUGUUGGUCCUCUCAUCGGAGGUGCUUUCACUGAUCACGUUUCAUGGCGCUGGUGUUUUUACAUCAACUUACCGAUCGGCGGCGUCGCAUUUGCAACCAUCCUUGCAGCGUUGCCUCCAAUUCAACCAUCAGGCAUUGAGGGUUCUCAAGUCAAGACCUGGUUAUCUCUAGACUGGAUCGGCGGUCUUCUGAGCAUCGGAAUGGUCACACUUUUCCUCAUACCUAUUCAAUGGGGCGGCAAUACCAAACGAUGGAGCGAUCCGGAGGUAAUCUCGCUGCUUGUCCUGUCUGCUGUUUUCUUCCUGGCAUUUUUGCUCUGGGAACUACGAGAAGGUGAGGCGGGAAUACUACCACUUCACAUGUUUCGGCGACGGAAUAUGUUUGGAUCGUGCCUCGAAGGGUUCUUCAUCAACAUUUGUUUCAUUUUGGCCAGUUACUAUCUUCCCUUCCUUUACCAGCUGCGCGGCCAUUCUGCGACUCGUUCAGGUAUCGAUCUCAUUCCGUUUAUGAUCUCUGGGACUGUCGCGGCGUUAAUAUCGGGAGUUUGCAUCGCAAAACUGGGACAUCCCUGGCCGUUCUUGUUUGUUGGACCCCUUGUUGCGGCUUUAGGCUCCGGAUUGCUGUACACGCUCAACGAGUUUUCUUCCACUGGUCGCAUCAUUGGUUUCCAGCUGAUUCUUGGAAUCGGAUUGGGCGUGGCCCUCCAGAAUACCAUGGUGGUUGUUCAAGCUGAAUUUGCAACAGAGGAAGCUCUACUUUCUCGUGCGACAUCCGUCGUCACAUUCACGCAAACUUUGGGUGCAUCAGUAGGCCUUGCUGUCGCUGGUGCUAUUUUUGCCGGUCAACUUCGACACCGGCUAAACCAUAUUCCUGGAGUUGAAGUCAGCGCUCUGAAUGCAGCCCUUGCCAAUGUAGAGGCUGUAUUCAGUUUUCCCCCGAGUGUGCGGACUCAAGUGCUCGCCGCAUAUAUUCACUCGGUCGACACUGUGUUUCUUUUCAGUGUCGCAGCGGCCCUUUUAGGCUCCGCAGCGUGUCUUGUUAUUGGCCGCAGUAGCAUCGAAAACUUGGCCCAAACCCACUCCUCCCCCGGCUCAGCUGACCUGUGA